ACAUCUCCAACACUUGGCCACUGUUCUGCGCUCCCUGGCGAUGAUUGGCCAACAACCAGGUGGGUGGAUAAGCAGCAGAGCAAACAUUGCCACAGGCUUUGCCACUCUGUUCUUGAGUGUGUGUGCUGGCUGCAGUUCACUUCAGGCUCAGGUCAGAUAUUCUCUCGCUACCUUUCAGGUCCAAACAGCCUUUUCCUUUUUCUUCACGCAGACAUGAGGUCCACUGUGGUUGCUGUUGUCAUGGUGAUGUGCGGGAUGGUGGCCCGCGCUGACGUCAAGCCGCAGAAAGAUUUCAACUUGCAGAGGGUAACGCAGACUCACACUCUCAGAUCAUAGAAUAAUGGGAUUUUAAUGAGCCUAUGUAAGUUCAAUCACAACGUCUGUUUUGUGAGGCUAUUUUUCAACAUCUGUUUAUUGUCUGCGUGAAAAUGUCUCUGUGUGUCCAUAUGGGAUUUUUUUACCCCGACUCAGACUGUGUGCAUUAUAAUUGUGUGUGUGAGUGUGUGUGUUUGACGACAGCUUUAAGUUGAUGACCCAAAAUAUAAAAGUAUGUAUUUAAAGCUUCAAAUCAUCAUAGACCGUAAAGAUAUAAAUCAGUGCAUCUGUAGUGAUUCUGCUUUGUUCACAUAUUAGAGUUUGAGAGAGGUUAUUCUGACAUUUCCCAGAGUAAAUCAACAUGGGGACAGGGGACAAUUUUAUAUGUAUAUAUAAUAUAUGUAUUCCUCCAAGUAAACUCAACUAUGUAUAUAUAAAACCCUAUGUUGGGAUUUAUUUAUAGAUAUUGACAAAAAAGACCAUUCACAUGGGUUGUUGAACACAACUAAACAUCUAAAUAACUUUUACUGUCCUAUCUGCAGGAGCCUUAUCAAAUGGGCAUGUAAUUGUUUAUUUUAUUGACUUGGUUUCCCUGGAAUAAUGAAUAAAUUUACUUUUUUCUUAAAAAAAACAACAACAACAACAUUGAAACAGGCUGACUUUGGAUCAUCCCUGUGCCAUGUGGCAUCAUGGCAUGUCACAGUCCGGCUCAUCACGGUGACCAGUCCUUUUGUUUUUGUUUCAAAAUGGUUUUAAGAAAAUAAGCUGUUGCAAUUUUAAAAGUAAUGAGAAAAGAAGGGUUGUUUUUUUUAAGAUUUUGAGGAAAAGAAGGUGAAAUCUCAAGAAAAUAAUCUUAAAUAAAAAAGUUAUCACAGGAAGAUAGAGCAAGUAAAAUGCACAAAUGCAGGUCCAUUCAGGAUGUCUACAAAAUUAGUUGAAUUAUUCAGAAAAAAUUGAAAUUACUCAUUAAUACUCAGGAAAACUGAGUAAAAAGCAUGUCACAGCCAUAGGUAGUGAAUAGCUGAUAUAAGCAACACACAGGUUUUUUUUAUAUAUAUAUAAAUUCAGCUUGUUUGAAAUGUCCUCUCACCCUCUCUGUUUUUUACAGACCUUUUAUAAAUAUAUGAGGAAGUACUGUGGUUAACACCUGUGUUGGAACUGUGGUUCAAAUACAGCAUACUUGUUUUUCCACUGUGGCCAUUAAGGCUAAUAAUAUAGCUGCUAAAAAUACAUGUGAGCAUACAAACAGCUACAAAUGCCUCCUGUUUAUCUUAAUGCAAGGUGACAAAAUUGUGUUUUUAUUGCAAUUCAUUUCAAAUGUUAAAAACACAUAAAUCAGGUUUACAUUUACACUGAAAGACAUUUUGAUGAACACAUAGACUGUAUAUACUAUUCUAUAUACAUUCUAUGGAUAAACAUAGGAACUGUAUUUUACUCAAAGUAAACUCAACAUAUGCCUCAGUACCUCUUUAAAUGUUUCCUCACCAGAUCCACAGCUGGAAAUAGUCUCUGUUUCCUCUUGUUUCUAUAAUCCUAGCAAAAACUGAUCACCUAUUUAAAGAUACAAAUAAGCCUUUAAAAUUAGGAGAAAAGGGAAGCUUUGCAGUCAUUUAGAGCCUUAUAUUUUCAGUAUGGUCUGGUCAGGCGUUUUCGGGUGUUCAGGAUGGUUAACAAUCCAAAAACAUACUGUAUUUACUAAAGUGUCAGUCCUAUCCUUCAGACUUGACAACUAAAGUGAGUUUCUUUAUUGCAUCAAACAUUUGGACUUGUCAGAGCAUGACUAAAACAGACACAAAGCCUGGUUCGAAGCCAAAUACAGAUUUCAAACUCUAAUUUGUCUGCUCUUGUGUGUCUCCAGUUUGCAGGUAAAUGGUACAGGGUGGGUCUAGCCUAUGACUCUCCCGGAUUUGUCCCCUUCAGAGACAAGUUGAAGGCCUCCAUGGGCUUGAUCACACCUUUGGCCAAUGGCAAUGUCAACCUCACAAUGUGGGAUGCCUUGUGAGUACUUCUGUAUCAUGAAGAAGUGCAUGAGCAAAUUAAGAAAGCUUGACAGAGAUAAAGACAGACCAUGUUUCCUCUGUGUGCCUCAGACCUAUGGGCUGCAUUAGACGGGUGUACCAAUAUGAGAGGACCAACACACCUGGACAGUUCACCUACUUCAGUGCACGUAAGUCUGUGCAAACAUUUGUGUAAAUAUUUGACCGGUACUCAGCGAGUACUCACAGCAGAAAAGACAGACCACAAUCCUCAAUUUAAAGCAGGGUGGAGGUUAGGUAGCAGUGAUAUAAACUCCAUAUGUAAUGCAUGUAUAAAAGUCCAGUUCGGUGGUUUGUAAUUAAGUCCUGCUAACAACAAGGUAAGACAGUCAUUCUUAGGGAUCUUAGGGGGCCCCAAGGGUGGCAAAUCAGAUUCCAAGGGGAGCCUAAGCCACCCCUGCUCACUUUUCUGGAUGCGCCCCUGAUGAUGACUUGGCUCAAAUCCUAAAUGACCACAAAAGAGGACCUGAAAAUAAAAGUACAGUACAAAUGUGUUAUUUUCAGAGGCAGUUUUAAAUACAAUACUUCUAAAGAUGUAACGCUCAUUUUUACCCCUUAAGUAAGAAAAAACUGAGCACUCUAAGAUCUACCUAAUGAUUGAAAUAUUAUUAAGUUAAAGUAGUGUUAAUUACCUCGUAAUUUUCAUUUUUUGACGUAAAAUCUUAAACAACUACAGUUUUCAUGCUUUUAAUUUGUGAUUUAUGCCAGUAACAUGCACAUAUUUAUCCAUGACCAUGCAUUCUUAAUUUAUGUAUUUUCUAAAGCUACUCUAAGGAGAUUUUUAGACAACAGAUAUAUUGAUGCUUUUUUUCAUGUACACAUUUUUUUUUAAAUUUCCUGGUCACAACAAGAUCGAUAUGAGCUACAAAACUCACAAUUUUUGCACUGUAAUUUUUAAAGCCUCAAAUCGGUGUGAGAGGGAAAGCUGUCUGCCCUGUUUCACCAUCUUUGUAUACAAUAUUUACAAUAAAUGAUUUGCAUGAAAAGGACCAUAUAAGCAAACCCUGUUUUGUCCACAUGGGGGUGCCAAACCAAAAGUUCCUCACAGGAGCUUUACUAUACUGUUUGAUUUUCACUUGUUUGAUACAUUUUUGAAGGUUACUGUUUUGUCUUAUUUUGUUCAGAAUGUCUUGAAUGUGAUUUAAUUUCUACCUUAUAAUUUUAUCUUCAAUAUGAUAAGUUUAUCCAAAAUAAAGGACCCCAUUUAUGUGAAUUAUCUACAACCCUCUUGAUUUCAAUUCUUUUUUCUACUUCUGUAUGUUUUUUUUUUCUUUCAGGCCACAACAUGGUGAAAGACAUCACAGUGGUGGACACAAACUACACCGACUAUGCUCUGGUUCUCAAACACAAAGUCUUUCACAGAGAGUACACACAGGUGGCGCUUUACGGUAAGACACACACAAACAUUUACCUUUAACAUGACAUCAAAGCACAUGAGCUGCAGAGUCACACAGUUUUCACCACUGCUCUGUAUGUUUGCAGGUCGCUCUCAGACAGUCAGAAAUAAUGUUAUUCAGAAGUUUAAAGCCUUUGCCUUGGGCAGAGGUUUUUCUGCAGCAUCUAUUCUGACUCCUCCUCCUGCAGGUAAAGACGGAACAAUGCACAUACUGUAUUUUUUUAUUUAUAUUCUGUACCACCACUAUGUGACACAUGUAGUAUAAUAAGGAGUGUAUCAUGACCCUUAAGUUUCUUUGACUUUUUCUUUUUUUCUUGCGUAUAGAAAAUUGCCCACCAUCGGGAUCUGGAUGAGCAGUAAGUUUUCUUUUUAAUUUUGCAAUUUUGAGUUAAAAUAAGUCACUUCAGGGUGUUAAUGCACAUUUUUACAAAUUGUAGGUUCCCUUGUGUGCCUGGGAUAGAGGUGGAUGUGAACUCUGGCGUGCUCUUCGGUCAAUCAUUUUGCCAACAUCUGUGAAGUUCUACAUUAAAAAAGAAACUCAACAAGCAAACUUCAUUUUUGUAGAUGCAUGGGUCAUAACUCACAAAUGUUACAGAUUAAAUCCUAUUCUCUGUGGUGUUAUGCAUUAUAUUCACAUAUUUUGCCACAUAUACUGUGGCAGCUGGUAUUAAACUUUCAUUUAAUAAGUUUGCAUGAGUUCUGGUUUAAAGCAACAUACUGAAUUAUUAAGCUGUAGAUAAACUGUAGGUUAAGGAUGCUGACUUGAGCAGAUCCAAGUUUAAGAGCAUCUUUUUAUUCUUCAUUUUGUGCCAUUUGUUGAACACAUAGACUGUAUAAACUAUGGACAACUUGGUUUGGUCUUCCGUCACUCAAACAGCAUAUCCCAGGGUGAGCUACACAAUCUUCAUACGCCCAUAGACUGUAUCAAGUGUCAAUCAUAGAAAACAUGAACCCCCUAAUAACUUUGCAACCAGUGGGGAGAAAAAUUUAUAUUCUGUUUAAUUAAUUUCUUAAGUUCGUCCACGGCUCCACAGGGAUUGCAGGAGGAAGUAGGAUUUCUGACCUAUACUGCAGCCUGUCACCAGAGGGUGCUGUUCUCCCAGUGGUUUCAUGCAGCAAGGAGGCAGACGGCGUCCAUUCUGUAUACAGUCUAUGGUUGAUUACUACAACAAUUGCAGUUCAUAUGUAUGACCACUAGAUAGCAGACUCUACACACCAAUACAUCUGCCAGGACCCACUAUAGCUGACUGUAUCUGUGCUCACCUGUAACCUUUCCUAACUGCUGGAGAGGCUUAUGUAAAGCUUAAAUAAAUAAACAUAAAUAAAGCUUGUACUGUGAACUUGUA